AUGGCGGCGUCCUGCAUGCAGCUGUGCAGCGGCGCUUCUGUGACUUUUCUGUGCGGAUUUCGGUCCCUGGGGGCCACUGCGGGGUUCUGCAGGCCUCAGUUCACCGCUGCUCAUCUCAGAUUAUGUUUAACAAGGCGGUAUUAUUCACCUUCUCGAGCGAGGUACGGCCUUGGCCAAAGCGUCGUGUCCGGACUGAAAUGGGCAAAUGAAAAGUAUGAGAGAUUUCUUCAGCGACGGUUCCCUCGAUUCUACGUCCUCUAUUCUACGUUUAUACGAGGAUUUCGACUCUUCUUUGAGGAUGCUCGAGAAGUGCAUAGGAUCCGAAUUCGGAUGAUCCAAAACGGCAUCGAUCCUCAGAAGUUGCCUUACCGUGAAAUGGAGAAGCUCAGACAGUUCCACAGAGACAUGAUCAAAGCCAUUCCUCUGGUGAUCAUCUCCAUUCCUCCUUUUGCAAACUACCUCGUGUUUGUUUUAAUGUACCUUUAUCCCCGCCAGCUCCUGAUUCACCAUUUCUGGACGCCGCAGCAGCUGGUGGAGUUUCAAGGAGCGUAUCACGCCCAGAGGGCACGGCAUCACCAGCCACUGCUCGAAGGGUUGAAGAUGACCGCGUCGCACGUCGCACACGAGCAACUGAAGAGCCAACUUACAGAGCUGUGCAGUAAAGUCCAGAGUGGUGCUCACCCUGUUGUGUCUGAUCUCCAUGCAGUGAGAGCUUUAUUCUCAGGUCCUCCACUGGGUAUCAGAAGGAUGGGUGCAGAUCAGACGAGACACCUUUGCUCAUUGCUCUUCUUAACGCCCCGUCUCCCGGCUUUCUUGAUUAGCUGGCGCUUGAAUAGCCACGCCCUAGAGCUCAUGCACCUGGAUCGUGCCAUCAUCAACCUGGGCCUCCACCAGCUCAAUGACAUGGAGCUCAAAGAGGCGUGUUAUGUGAGAGGGCUGAACGUGGAGCGCCUGAGUCCUGCACAGUGCCGAGACUGGCUGUCACAAUGGCUGCAGUUCUCAGUGCACCUUAAAGAAUCCGAGACCGCACUGUAUUUGCAUGGGAUGAUGCUGCUAACACGAAACUACCCCAAACCACCACGCCGCUGACGAGACCCUGCGCUCUUCAGUGACUGUCCAUCAAGGAUCUGACUUAAAAUGUAGAGAAACCUCUAUCAGGGGAACACACUGCUGUUUAUCAGAGACGUGCCAGGCCGCUAUCAGGAUCAUACAGUACAGCUCGAAAUUACAGUGUUGAGUGAAUAUGAGAGAGAUGGUAAUCUGUGAGUUAUUUUUUGAUUUUUGUUUACUUGAGCAAAGUGAUUAGAAAGAUGGAUGGGAAUUGCGAUGAAGGCAGUAAAAACAAUACGGUGCAGUGAAGCGGAAGUUGGUCCUUCCUUUUGCCUUUAUCCUGUCUGAUUUCUGUAAAUGGAACAAUUGGAUCCAUUCCAGGUUUUGUCCUGUUCUUCCACAUCGGCUGGAGAAUGGUGGUGGAGAUCAUUUUCAGAUCAGACCACAGGUUUUCAGUCAGAUGUAAUCACGGCUUUCCAAUAAUAACAUUAAUAAUAAUAAUAAACCUUUCAUCUAGUCUUUCCGUUACUUAGAGUGCCUUCAGAACAAACACCUGUAUAUAAGGAAGAGAAAUUAACAAAAAAAGGUAUUUCAGCAAAUAGUUGAUUUUGGUCUUUGUCAAUAUCACGGUGUUUAAUAUCAACUGUAAAACAAGUCUUUAAUGACGAAGCAAUUUUAACUUGAAGUUAAACCAGAAACUUUUGACUGGCAGUAUACACAUUUAAUGGAUUUAUGCACUUUUGUUUGCAUUUAAACACACACACGCGCACACACACACACUUAAAGUAUUUAACUAUAUUUAAACAGACCAACCCAUUACCAGAAGAAAAAAAAAAAAAAUCCACAACAAGAAGUCAAAUGUAGACUGUGUCAAAAUGCCAGACCUGGCAACCCUGACCGGAUCAUCACAGCUGAAUGUUUAAACUUUCCCCCAUUUGGCCCACGUCCCAGUUUUUAUAAGAACUUGUUCCACCUACUUAGGCAAAAACAUGUAAAGGUUGGCAGCUCUAACGUCAUAUUUAACUGUUAUUCCAUGAAAUCGAGUCGUACAUGAGCUGAUAGUCGGCUGUAGUCCGUGUACGGCGAGAUUGAGUGGAAUAACAGUUUUAUUCUCUCCACAUUCACUGGAUUUUGAGAAACAGAGCAUUUUUAUUUUUUGCAAAUUCGAUAAAUAAAAAGUUUAUACAAAACAUCUGACAAAAUAAUUUCCACUCAGAAUGUAAACACACCGGCGAAAUGACAGGAGCAAUUUGUGAAAAAUGCGAUAAUUCUUGAAGGGGGGAAAAAAACAAGUUCUGUAGUACUUGAGUCCGAUUCGUGCCCUAAUUUUAAGGACUCAUGCCUCGACUUGGACACUGAUAACUCUGACUCGUGCAUCAACUGCAGUCGGACUCAUAAAUUGCAGACGAGGACGUGGAGUUUUUUUUUUCUAACAUGCCAUAAUUUAACAGGAGAUAUUCAUAUCUACAUUAAUUUUUUACUAAUUUCGUGCGAGAAUGCCACACCUUGGCAUGUGCAUCAGAUAGACUCUCGGGCGCACUCCGAACAGCACGCGCGCCGUAAAUGACUCACACCUGCACAGGAUUAAGGCGCAGUCAGCGCGCCUGUAUAAAAACUGUGAAAACACACGCACUUUGCGAAGUAUUGAGUUGCAUUGCUGACACAUUACCAAGCCUUAUUUCCUUGUUUGGUUUCCUGAUCCCUGAUUUCCUGUCUCUCGUCUUUCAUUCUGCCGAGUCUACAAUAGCCUGUUUGUGCCUCGCUCGACCUAUCGCCUGUUUCACUGUUUUACGAUUUUUCCUGCCGUUCUGGAUUGUUUACCGUCUUCACUUGUGUUAAUAAACACACCUUCUGCACUCACAUCCGUCUCCCAACCAUCUCUGACAGAAUACUUCACACUAAAAGAAAAUAAAGGUUCGCAACACUGUUA